AUGAACGUUUUCCACCUCCAGUGUAGGACUCGUUCUGCUCUACAACGCGUUUGGAGGUCUACAAGUCAUACGACAGGUUCGGCUCGACUUGGCGUACGAAGGCUCUCAAUACGCAAACUCUCAACUGGUCUUUAUGCCAGUCCAAAUACAGCCUCAGCGCCCUCCAGUUCGAACCUAACACCAAACUCGACAAACGCUAGCGCACAUACGCCAACAACACCACCAACCAGACCCUAUUCGACACGGUCCAAUUUCGACUUUUCCACCAGUUCCUCUUCUUCGUCGUCUUCGGGGUCGAGUUCGAGGAUUUCGCAGUCCUUUGAUGGGUUGGGAAAGCAUACUUCUACGGAUGCGAGGCAUGAUAGUGUUGGACCGUUCCAGUUGGGGUUGUCACAGCAGGCGUUGAGGACGGGGCAGAAGUUGCCGAAAUGGAGUGAGUUGGAUACGAAGGGGAAAGUCCUCCGAACAACAGCUCGAACGACGAACCUAACUGUCAUCCUCCUCGGCGCGGGCCUCUCGGUCCUCCUCAUCUACUCCCUCACCUCGGAACUCUUCUCCAAAAACUCUGCGACUGUCAUCUACGGAGAGGCAUGUGACAAGAUUCGGAAUUCGCCCAAGAUCGCCAAAUACCUCAACGGCCCCCUCACGUUCCACAACAACCCACCCUCCGCCAGCAGACCACGGCACCGCAGCCGGCACGUAACCUCCCAGGUCCUAAUAGACGCCUACGGCCAAGAACACAUGAUCCUCUCCUUCUACGUCCGGGGGUCCUCCUCCUCAUCAUCAUCACAACCUUCAUACAUGGACGAAAACCUCUCCUACUACGAACGCGCUGAUCUCUGGAUUAAAGAUAAAUUUAACAAUGUGGUAGGGGGAGUGAAGGAGAUGGAUGUGGAUGGUGUUGUGGAGUGGACGAAGGAGACGGCGGGGGAGGUGUGGGAGAAGAGUGUGCGGGCGUUCAAGUAUUUGUCGGGGGCGCCUGUUAAUGUUUCUUCUGUCACUCCUACUUCCUCCAAGACCAAGGCCAAGGCAGAGGAUGAGGGCGCGGAGGAUGAGAAGAAGAGCAGUGUGUGGGAUUCAGUGUUUGGGUUGUUUUCGGGGUUGAAGGGAUCGGUGGGGCAGGGUGGGCCUGGGGUUGUGGGAGGUGCGUCGGGCAGGGACGAGAGGAAGUUCGUGGAGGGUGAUGUACACGCUGAUUUGGUUCGGAACAAGGACGGAUACUUUGUCUUCCGAUACCUCUUGGUUGACAUGCCUCAUUCGAAAGACCCUAAUGCAGUUCGAGUCUUUGUUGAGCGCGCACCGGGUGUACGGGAUAACGAGCCCGUCAUGCGAUGGGUGACUUCGUCGUCGUAA